AUGGCAUUAAUAAAUCAACAGCAAAAUCAUCCAGGUCAAAGAUGGAUGCUCGAAGCACUUAAAUUAGCACAAAAUGCAUUAGAUCAACAAGAAGUUCCAAUUGGUUGUGUAAUCAUUCAUAAUGAUUCAAAAAUUAUCGCGUCAGGCCAAAAUGAACCUGUUCGACUUAGAAAUGCUACAAGACAUGCUGAAAUGUGUGCACUUGAUAGGUUUUUUGCUCAGUACGAUCUUUCAACUGCACGAAAACUUCUUUCGGAAUCUAUUCUCUAUGUCACUUGUGAACCCUGUAUGAUGUGUACUGGCGCCUUACGUCUUGCUGGUAUAACCAAAGUUGUCUACGGAUGUUCAAAUGAUCGUUUUGGUGGUUGUGGUUCUGUACUAGAUAUUGCACAAGACGCUAUGCCUGAUACAUUACCAUUAGAAUGUACAAGUGGAAUUGAAAGUGAUGAAGCAAUGCGUUUAUUAAAAGCAUUCUAUAUGAAUACUAAUCUCAAUGCACCAAACCCUAAAGAUAAGUCGAAAAAACAAAAGAAGUCAUCUUUAACAUCAGAAUAA